UUUUUCUAUUUACUUGAUAUAUUUUUACAAUCAUCGUACGUUAAUUUUUAUUUCAAAUAUUUUUGUUUUUUUGAAAAUAUUUUAUUUAGACAUCUACCAGUAAAUCUUGUUGCUAGUUUUGCUAAACGUCUUGCACGAUUAGCUUUAUUAAUACCACAAUAUGAUCAAUGUUUAAUUAUAACAUUUAUUUAUAAUUUAUGUAUAAGACAUCCACAAAUCCGAAUUAUGAUCGAUAGACAACCAAGUCAAUCAACAGAUCCAAUUAAAGAUAAUUAUUUAUCUGAAGAAAUUGAUCCAAAUAAAACAAAUGCAAUUGAUAGUUCAUUAUGGGAAAUAGAAACUCUCACUCAUCAUCAUCAUCCAGAUGUAGCAACAUGUGCUCUUGCAUUUACGUCUUUACGUAAAAUAAAUAGUGAACGAGAUAUUCAUGAUCUACUCGAAAUUGAUUAUGAUGAGAUGUUUGAACAUGAUAUAAAUCGACGCAUUCGAUCUCGAAAGACAAAAGAUAAAACAAAAACAACUACUGAAUGUCCAAUCAAUUAUAAUGUUACUGUCAAUUUAUUUGAUUGA